GGCAGCGCGUCAUGUGACCGGCGGCGCCGGCGGGCCGGAGGUCAUGGCCGCCCCCCGCCCACCCCGGGUGGUGCCGGGCGAAGCCUCGGAGAGCGAUUCGGAGCCGGAGCUGCUGGUGGGGACGGUAGGGGAGGGCCCCGGAGCCGGGCUGAAGGUGCCGGGCGAAGCCUCCGAGACCGAAGAGGAGGAGGAGGAGGAGGAGGAGGAGGAGGAGGAGGAGGAGCAGAGGCCGAAGACGCCGCCGGUGCUGGCGGAGGAGCCGGCGGCCCUUUGGGGGGGCGGCCCCUCGCUGCUGCAGCAGCGGCUGCGGGAGGGGACGGGGCGGCUGCGGGGGGCGGUGGGCAGCGUCCUCCGGCAGAGCUACGGCAGCGCAGCCCGGAGCCUGGGGGGGCUGGGGGGAGCCCUGAGCCGGGCGCAGGUGACCGCAGCCGCCGCCGCGCACUGCCUGCGCCUGGCCCGCCGCGAUCUGCGCGCCGUGGCCGACACCAUCGAUAUCGUCACAGCCUGUCACCUCCUGCCCGACAUCCGCGGGCAGCUCUGACCGGCACCGCCUUCAUCCCCAGCGGCGGCGCAGACACCUGCGGGCAACAUCGCUGCUUGUCCUCGGCAUCGCUAGCACCUCAGCUGCCACCGCGGGGUCAUCGCCGUCAGGAUCAUCAGUGCGGCAUCUUGCCAAGGGUGGAGUUGUGGUGGCAUCGAGCCGUGUUUGCAGCACCCCACACUGACCCUGAAGAUCAUCUCACGAUGGCAUCAUCACCAACGUAGCCACAGUGACACCAAACAGUGGCUUUGGCACAGAGACCACCGGCCUGGUCCCCAGGACCUGAAUGCUCUGGUGACAUCAUUGCUGCUGGUCCCCUGGCAGCUGCCACCCCCCUGAACUGCAGCCUGGUGCUGGCUCAUCACCAUUGGCUUCAAAUGCCACUGUUUUAUGUGACAUGGAACUGAAUAAAGCCGUGGUGGUGUCAGA